UCACCAUUUUUCAGGGGGUUCGAUGUAAAAACCUCUCUCUGCGACUGCGAGACAAUAUAAAUAAAAUAAACAAUAAAACAACCAUUUCACAAUUCAUGCCAACUCGGGCAAGAUGAGCGAGAACCAGACACCAGAGAACAGCGACCCCGCCGGCCAAAAUCCUCCUGCCGGAGACUUCAACGCCGGAAACAUCGGUGGUGAUCCUCCUCCAUUCCAAGCUCCUCCCAAUGGCCGCCACCGCCAUCCUCCACCGAGGGCUCCCCUCGCAUGGGUUUCAAGAACUCAGUCAGCAGCUGGAGGUCGACAACAAUGGCGCCCCAUUAUUCGAGGACCUAUGCGUGGUAUUCAUGGACCUUACUGGCGUCCACCAACCUUCACUGCUCGACGGCAUCCUGCACUGCUGAUUCGUGCCGAGGUAUUACCAAGACCUGGACGUGGAGAUGGACGUGGGCGUGGGCGUGGUCGUCCACCAACUGCUCGAGGGUCAUCCCGUGGUAGACGUCGGCGUUCACGGUCGAGUUCCAGCGAUGGAGCAAGAUCGAAUUCUCAAGAACCUUUCAAUGCCGCUCGCGCCAGGGGAUCAUCAAGACGUGGACGUGGACGUGGACGUCCACCUCUCAAUGCCGGCCAGCAGACUUCACCGGUAGCUCCGGCCAGGGGAUCAUCAAUACGUCGACGUGGACGUGGACGUGGACGUGGACGUGGUCGUGGUCGUCCACCUCUCAAUGCCGGCCAGCAGACUUCACCGGUGGCUCCGGCCAGGGGAUCAUCAAUACGUCGACGUGGACGUGGACGUGGACGUGGACGUGGUCGUGGUCGUCCACCUCUCAAUGCCGGCCAGCAGACUUCACCGGUGGCUCCGGCCAGGAGAUCAGCAAGACUUGGGCGUGGUUGUCCACCCGGUUCUCGAGGUUGUCCUCCGACUGCACGAGGGUUGGCACGUGGCAGAAGUCAGGUGGAUUCCGGUGAGGAGAUAGGAGUUGGUCGUGCACGGAGAGGUCGAGGUCGUCCACUGGGUAGUCGGAAGAGGAGGGGCAGCGCCGAUGAUGGAUCCGCCGGGAGAAAACGUACUAAGCGUGACGCCGGUGAGCCAUCGUCGUCGGCGGCGUAGAUGAAGUUUGUGAUGAGUUGCGUAGUG